CUUCUUGGCCCGUGCAUUAGCACGAAAAAAGUUAUAAAUUUAAUUUUAAUAAGUUUUCAAAUAAAGAAAAUGGCUAGAAAACGAAACGAAGAGUAUAUUGGUGAAGAUGGUGAUGAAGAAUUCGAGGAGGAACCAUUUGAGACGUACGAGGAUCCGCCAGAUUUUGUAGAUGAUAUUACGGAUGAAGAAUUACUUGGAGAUUUCUUGAAGAAGAAACCUUGUGAGACUGAUGGCAUGGAAAAUGUCGUCGUUGUUGACGAAAUCCCCAAAGUUGAACCAGCACGUCAAGAAAAACUUGAAACUGUCAUCAAGAAGCUUUUCUCAGCCGCUGGUGAGAUUGUUAACGUCUACUAUCCAAAAGAGGAGAAUGGAUAUACGAAAGGCUAUUGCUUUAUCGAAUAUAAGACACCUGCUCAAGCUGAAGAAGCUGUGAAAGUUCACAGCAAUUAUCGGCUUGAUAAAACGCACACACUUUUAGUUAACGUCUUCACUGACUUCCAAAAGUACAGCGACAUCCCAAUUGAAUGGACACCACCAACACCCCAGCCUUACAAUCCAACUGUCAACCUUUACAGCUUCCUCACAGAACCCGAUGCUUACGAUCAAUAUUGUGUUGUGAUUGAUAAUGGAGGAAUCCCGUCAACGGUUCAAUUUUGGGAGAACUCACUUCCAGAUCCAUCAGAAUUCCACAGGAAAGAUGGAUUCACUGAGAAGACUGUCAAAUGGUCACCUCUAGGAACUUACAUUGUUGCUUUCCACAAGCAAGGUGUUGCUAUUUGGGGUGGUCCUGAAUUCCAACGAAUCAACAAAUUUGCACAUCUUGGAACGUCGUACGUCGAUUUCUCGCCGAAAGAAAACUUUAUCGUCACUUACGGAUUUGCUGGUCCAAAUGGUGGUAAUAAAGUGAUAAUCUGGGAUAUUCGCACUGGACAAGAGAAGCGAGGAUUCGUCACUGAUCCGCAUUUACCGCCUUCGGUGUUCCGUUGGUCGCAUGACGACAAGUACAUCGCUUCGAUGGGUGACGGCGCUAUUCACAUCUACGAAACCGACACAUUCUUCUUACUGGAUAAGAAAUCACUUAAGAUUCCCGGUAUUCGUGGCUUUGCAUGGUCACCGACUGACAACAUCAUCGCAUAUUGGGUCGCUGAACAAACCGACGUGCCAGCGAAAGUCACUCUCAUGGAUAUCCCAAGAAAGCGUGAAAUUCGAACGAAAAAUCUUUUUAAUGUCGCUGAUUGUAAGAUUCAUUGGCAGAAAUGCGGCGAUUAUUUAUGCGUGAAAGUUGAUCGUUUCAGUAAGUCGAAGAAAGGUGGACAAGGCGAUCAAGAUGUUAAAUUUCUUGGAAUGUUUUACAACUUUGAGAUUUUCCAUAUGCGUGAGAAAGACAUCCCUGUGGAUUCAGUGGAGAUCAAGGAGCCGAUUGGAGCGUUUGCUUGGGAGCCGGUAGGCGAUAAGUUUGCGAUAAUUCAUGGUGAAGGUGCUGGUGGAUCCAAUGUCAGCUUUUAUGAAACGAAGAAAGGGCAGAAAGUGUCAUUGGUGAAGAAAAUGGAAAGAAAAGCAGCGAAUUGUUUGUUCUGGUCACCACAAGGUGGAUUCAUUGUGCUCGCUAACAUCAGUCAAGGAGUGUUUGAGUUCGUUGACACACACGACUUUACAGUUAUGGGAAUGGGCGAUCAUCAUGGAGCAUUCCAAUGCGAAUGGGACCCGACUGGUCGUUACGUUGCCACUGGCGUGAGCGCUUAUAAAGUCAAGGAUGACAACAGUUACUACAUUUGGACUUUCCAAGGUAGAAUCCUUCGGCGUGUGAAUAUUAAGAACUUCUUACAACUAUUUUGGCGUCCACGUCCACCAACUUUACUCUCUGAAACUAAACAAUCGGAGAUUAAAAAGAAUCUUAAGAAAUAUUACCCGCAAUUCGAAGCAAAAGAUCGAUUACGUCAAACCCGUGCCAGCAAAGAACUACUUGAGAAGCGUGCGAAACUUCGUGAAGAGUUUAUGGAAUAUCGUCAGAAGAGAAUGCAAGAUUACGAGAAAAUGAAGAUUAAACGAUUGGAAUUAAGAAAUCAAAUUGACACCGACAAUCUGGAAGCCGAUCAAAACAACCUUGAAGAAGAAACUGUUGAAUGCUUAGUAAAGGAAGAAACAAUCUUGUUGGAAUAAUUUCAUCAUAAAGUGUUUGUUUUUUCUCUCUAUUUAAGUAAAAUAAUUAAUGAGACAAUUUUUAUUGAAAAAAAAAGGAAACAAAGAACAAUUUUUUAAUUGAAAUUAAAAGCAAGUGGAAAAAGUGAAAGAAAAAAGAAACUUUGAAUCGCUAAAAAGACGACAAAGCGAUUCUCACGUGCUUAGUGAAUUUUCAAGUUAAAUAAACAUCAAUCGACCUUCUCGUUGUCUUCUUUUCCAUCCCCCACAUAUUCUUAUAAAAUCAACCAACGUAAUUGUAAAAGAAGUUUGAUAAAAUUCUUCAUUCGAAAAGGUUUAUAAUUUAUUUUAAACUCAAACAAAACGAUGAUUGAUAAGUUUAGCGACAUGUAUUUGAUGAAUAAAAUGGACAUUUGGUAUAUAAAAAUAAAGAUGCGAAGGCGAAAAUCAUGA